CCCUACCUAAAAGCAGCCCCGGGCUCUGGCAUGGGACUUUGCCCUCGCUGCGCAAAAGCUGCAGGCCAACAAACAAGAUGGAAGAAUUUCUGCAGCGCACCAAAAGCAGGCUGAGUCGAAAUAAACAUUUGGAUAAAGUACAUGUAGUACUUGGAAAUAAAACCUGUGAUUUGGAUUCACUUAUUUCAGCUUUAACAUAUGCCUACUAUCUUGAAAAGGUCAGUCCACCUAACAUUCUGUGCUUGCCUGUACUGAACAUACCAAGAAGAGAAUUCUGCUACUACACAGAAACGAGGUUUAUUUUGGAGGAACUGAAUCUCCCAGAGUCUCUCCAUGUCUUCUGUGAUGAAAUCGAUUUGUAUCAGCUGAACAAUGAAAGGAAAUUGUCUCUUACGCUUGUGAACAGCAGUGCACUAACAAGUGAAGAUAAAAAUUUGGAAUCAGCUGUUGUCAGAGUCAUCAACCCUGAAGAGCGAUGUGAUGGCAACCUGGAGAUCUCAGUGUCCUCUUCCUCUCUGGUAGCAAAAGAGAUUCUCCAAGAGGCACCAGAGUUAAUCACUCGGCAACUGGCUCAUCUUCUCAGAGGGAGCAUCCUCUCUUUAGCCAUGGAUCCUGAACAAAUUACUGGAGAACAGGACGAAGUGCUUUCAAAGUUAGAGGAGAAAUUCCCAGAGAUGCUGCCUCGAGAGGAUAUUAUCACCGCUCUACAGGAAGUUCAUCUCCAUGCUGAUGGGCUAAGGAUUGAGGAGGCCAUGCUCAAGGAUCUGAAAGAGGUGUCAGAUGGAGAAAUAAAAGUAGCUGUUAGCACUGUGCAUAUGAAUUUGGAGGACUGCCUGUUUCACAGAAACAUGACCGGAGAUCUAAAAGCAUUUGUAGAUAAGUAUGGCUUUGAUGUCCUUGUCAUUUUGGCCAGCUACUUAUCAGAAGAAAGGCAAGAAAAAAGGCAGAUAGCAGUUUAUUCAGAAAACAUGGAGAUGGGAAAUCAGAUUUGUUGUGAAUUAGAAGAAUGUCAGAAUCCUUGCCUAGAACUGGAUCCUCUGGAAUAUGGAUGUGAUCAAUUCCUCAUUUAUCACCAAGAAAAUUCUUCAGCCAAUUGCGAUGAAAUUUUUCUGCUAAUGAAAGAUGUUAUCAGCAGGAGACAUCCAGAAAUGGCACCAAACAGUAGAACAUCUUCCACUGAAGCGGUUGCUGGAAGUGCUCCACUUUCUCAAGGAUCUUCUGGUAUUAUGGAGCUGUAUGGCUCUGACAUUGAGCCACAGCCAAAUGUUGUCAACUUUAUAGAGAACCCUCAAGAUCAUAAUGGAUCUGUCCAAGCCCAUGCUGAUGCUAAUGUAGAUCUUGUGAGUCCAGACAGUGGGCUUGCUACUAUUAGAAGCAGCAGAUCUUCCAAGGAGAGCUCAGUUUUUCUUAGUGACGAUAGCCCAGUAGAAGGAGCAGCAUCUCAUCACAGUUUCCUUUCUGGUUUUGAUUCCUAUAGUCCCAUUCCUGAAGGAGCAGUAGCUGAAGAAGAAAAAUCUCAGCCUAGGAACAGCAGCAACAAUUUUGAUCUAUUCAACUUUGAUUUAGCACCAAUGGCUACAGUUCAGAUGGAUUCUUCUCAUUCUGUGGACUGUUCCCCUCCUGAUGACUGCUCCCAUGACAGUGGUUCAUCCGAAGGACAACCACCAACUGACUCAAAAGUAAUUAAUGAGACAAAUCUAGCAGAAUGUGACAUUGCAAAUUAUUCAACUGAUUUACCAAUGACAAGAAAGGAAGAAGAUGACACAAUAAAAUUUAAUGAGUGUAGCCACCGGCAAGAACACCCUAGUAUGAAAGACCUAGAAAAUGACUCUUCCUCUCAUCCUAAAGUGUUGAACAAUGUUGAGAGGAGAACUCCACCAAUCUCUAUGAACAGCCAUUUGGAAUCUCCACCUUUAGAUGAUGGGCCAUCUUUAUUUUGCCCACAAGAUAUAAUUAAAGAAAAUAAUGAAACUGAUCAUGUGAACAGUUCUCAGUCUCGUACAAGAUAUGGGAGCUGGUGGGAUGGGUUUCAAAUAGAUUCCAAAAAUGCUGUUACAUGGAGUUCAACUGAACCAGAAUCUGUAUUUCAGAGUCCUGAUUCAUGGAAAGAAUAUAAAACAAGUCUAUUACUGAAAGAGCAAACUGAUAGAAGAGCUUCAGACUCAGUCUGUAUACAAGAGCAGCAGAAGUGUAUGGAUUUUUCAAGAGUAGGCAUUUGGGAGAACAAGUUUGGUGCUGCCCAAGUUAAACAGGAUUUGGGAUGCCAACAAAAAGACAAUGAACAACCAAUGGAGGACUUUGCUAGCAUGUGGAAUACCAAUCAACCAGUUCCUGCAAUUUCUGGUUCAUGGGGUAAUACCAACAGUAAUGGUAGACACAUCAACAUAAAUUCACCUAAUGUUUGGGCAGAAAUUGAUCAUGAUGGUUCUGGACAUUCAGAGAGUACAUGGAAUGUUCCUCAGGUAGAUUUUGAUCAUAUUUCCCCAAUGAAACUUGAUACAUGGGUUAUGUCUAACUGUUCACCAGAACACUCUGAAUGCAAUGAUUCUGAACAUCUAAACAGUCAAGUAGACCUAGGAUCAAAGAACGAAGGACAAGAUAGUUCAAUAAAAAACAACAGAACAUAUGAAAAUGCAAAUAAUGAUACGAGUGGUAUGCUGAAGAAUGUUAAAUUGGCUAUGGAACACCAAAGGGAUACUGUACCUAAACCCAAAGAAUUUGAAAAUACCAAUGGAUGGGCCAUGUAUGACACAAACAUUAGAAAAGAGGCACUUGGAAACCUUGUCUCGUGGGAAGACCCCUUCCUGUCAUAUAGAGAAUCAGACUUUAACACCUCAAAUACAUGUGACGAUUUUAUUGUUUCUCCACCGGAUACAAAUUAUUCAACAUCUGACUCCUAUGUAUCACCAACGGGGGUUGGAGAUGAAAAAGAGAGUGAGGGCAAACAUUAUGAGCCAAUCUUGGAUCAAAUGGUAAACAUAAGCUCAGGUGAACCUGCAAAAUACAAUUUUGGAGAUUUGAAAUUACCACAGACAUCAGCUGUAUGUUCCACUGAUUCUGACGAUGGAAGUAGAGGCCCUUGGGAAGCACCACUUAAUAAUAAGAACCAACUGGAAGCAGUACAUUCUGAAACUACUAUUAUAAAAAAUAUUGAUUUACUUGAUUUGAAACAAAAAGGUGCUGCAUAUUUUUCAGAUGACUACUGUGAUAAUGAAAGUAGUCCUUCAAGUUCUGAAGACUGUGGAAUAAUGAUGUUUUCUACUGAGAAAAAUAGCCAUUCAGCUCUAAAUAAUACCAUAGAUAUUGGAGGGGGAAAUGCUGAAGUAAGUAGUGGUGUCAUCCUUGAGGACACAAAUGACAUGGACAGAACAUUUUCAGUCAGUGAUCAAGUAAAAAGAAACAAACAUUCAGAGCAGGACACCAUACUUCUAGAUAAACAGUUGAACCAGUGGGAUGAACAGCUUCAGUAUAAUCAACAGGCUGGAUUAGAGCACAGUGCCAUCUUUUCUGCCUCAAAGCAAGUAGUCAAGCAAAGUCAAAGAACAGAUGAGGGAAGUGGGCAAGUCACCCUUGAAAAUAUUAGGAAUGAAAUAAUGCAAAAUGACAAUAAACACUUGAUCCUUCCACUCCCUCUCUCAUCUAGUAAUAGUUCAAAGGAAAGCAGGGCAAUUUUUGGUUCUUCCAGGUCACCAGAAAAAACAAGAUGUAGUGACAGUCUAGAAAAUGUAGUAGCAGAGCCAGAGGAAAUAAGCCUGCCAUUUUCCAAUGAGACUCAUCCUGUCAAUGAGGAAAAGAAGGGCGGAUCUCUAGAUAGCAAUGCAGAAUAUUUUGCUACAUCUCCCAAAAAAGAAAACAAGCACCUAGUUCAUAGCCUUGACAUGGAUGCUUACCCAAAAUACAGUUUAAAUUUGUUAUCCCCAUCUGAAAGUAUGGAUAGGGAACUAUCUGCACAGAAGAUCCUUGAGAAGGAGAGUGCAUCCCCAAGUUCCCCUAGAGGAGAAAACCACCAAGGAAUGCAUUCUCCAGAGUUGGUUGAACAUCAAGAUGUAUGGGAUAAAUUGGAGAAAUGUAUCUCUAAGUCAGAACCAUCAAGUUGUUUGCUACAUGAUGCAUUGCCAGUACCAGUAGGGGAACAUCAGGAAUUUGAUGAGUCAAUUCCUAGCUUGAACAUUCAUAAAUUUGAUUUGGAAACUCCUGAAAAUGUUUCAGGAAUGCUUAGCAGUCAUGGAGCAUCUUUAGAGGAUAAAAAUCAAGAGAUGUCAAUGGAAAUUCAACAGGAUUCAUAUACAGAAUAUACUCAAGCCCUGGAUACAAUGGAUAAGCCUAAAAUAAAUGAUUUGUUGUCAAAUGGAAUGGAUUCUUCUCACAAUAGUGAAACUUCUGAAAGCUUGGAGUCUGAGAAUAAGCUCUCAAAUGCGAAAUGUAUUGAUAUUAUGCCUCAUCAUGAGUUGUCCCAUAUUCUAGACGCCUGGAAUGUAUCGAUGGAUGAACAAGCACAGUCUGUUGGAAUAAGCCCCAAGAUAAAUGAAGCACUUGAAGAGUCAGAUACCAUGUAUAAUUUCCCAGAAGAUGUUCCUGUUAAAGACACCUAUUACAAAGAAGACACCACUUGUAGUGGUUCCAUUGACUAUACACACUCAAGUGCAACCACUCCCGAUACAAGUGAUUUUUCUACAAAUAUGCAUAUUUGGGAUAGCUUGCAGAUAGCUAAUAAUCACAAAGAAAAUGAAGGUGUUUGGGACAUCACAACUGAUGGUGAAGAAGCAUCUGGAAAAGAGUUACCUGAGAAUAAAAGCCAAGAAGAUUCUGAAACAAGCACAGAACACAAAGUGCCAAAAAACUUAGAGCUUUGGAACGCUCAUGUGGAUGAUGAUACAGUAUCCUCAUUAUCAAGUCCUGGAAUUGAUGUAGAUUCAGAAUACUUGAAUAUGCAAGAGACAGGAAUACAGUCAGCUCUACAUCCUAACAGACUAGAGGCUGACACACAAGGGCAAGAAUCUGUUCGGCCUCAUGAAACAUACCUUGCAAUUGAUUCAGAAAGUUCAAGCACCCAGUCUCAUUUCAAGGAAAAUGUCCAAGUAGUCACAUUAAAUGAAAAUUCAGAAAGUCUUGAUGCUUUUGACACUUCAGUGGAGGAUUAUGUUCAUGAAACUUCUGAAUGUUUAGCGCAUUGGGAAACAAUUCAGGAUGAAGCAGAUGACCAUACUACACAAAUGUCUGAUAUAAAUCAUGAAGAAAACCAUGGCCCAAAGAAUUCAGAUGCUUGGGAUGUAAUAAUGCAAGGUCAUUCUGAAACCACAUUAGAUAAUAAAAAAUCCAUAGUGGACAAUCUUAGAUUUCCAGAUGAUUCCUUGGAAUGGUGGAAUUUACAAAGCCAAGAUGAAAGUUCUAUGGAAGGUGCACAAUUUUAUUCUGAUAAUGAUUUAAAAAUUAAUGACACAGUCACCAUUACACAUGGUGCAAUGCAAACACAGACAGAAAAAAAUGAAAAGCAAAAAGAACCAAAUUUUCACGAUGCUGCUAAGUUAGAAAAUGAGUCUACUCAAGAUAACAGUGAAUGUGAAUGCAGAAAUGGAGCAAACUCACUGGCUAACAAAGAAGAAGAGCUGGAUCAAGGUACUGUGAAUUUUGAAGAGUGUUAUCCAUUGUCACCAUCCUGUGAUGAAGGGGGUGUAAAACAAGAAUCCUCUGUUACUAAUCAAGACGCUCUUAAACACCCUGUUCCAGAAGACUGGCAGUCAAACCUAUUGAACGCACUUGCUCAGGUCGAUCCAACACUUGGUCUGCUAAGAGAUAAAAUGAAUGCAGCAUCCAUCAAUCCAAAUGAAGUAAACGUAAAUCCAUUAGAUAAAAAAGAAACCAGUGAACAAUUUCCAUCUAAUCCUGCACUACCUUUAAAAGCAAUAAGGAAACCUAGCCCAAGAUGUGAAGUUCCACAGGAAAAUUCAUUUGUUCCAGAUAUAUUACAAAACAACAACCCUAGUGAUUGCCAGGCAUUUACUGUUGAUCCAGAUUUGUGGACUAAUGUUGAACAGCCUUUCGUCUUGAGAACAAAUGGUGAAAAUCCUGAUAUAUUAAGUCACUGUGAUCAAGACAGCAGUUCACAGGCCUCAAGUAGCCCUGAUGUUGCAGAAUAUGAAAACAAGGAAACUUGUGCCCAAUCUUCUGUUCUAACUGAACCUGAAGAAGCUAUUCAGAUGUCUUCCAUGCUGUCAGAAUACAAAGACGUAGACGUAGCCUUUAAUCAGCAGCUGGCAAUUGACAGAGAAGAGUUAUGUCCUGAAAGUCUGUGUCUUGGUUAUGAGACAAGUGUUGGUGAGUCCUAUAAAGCAACACUCGCUGGAAAUGAGGAGUUAUCUGAAAUUGGAGAGGAAACUAUUAUGCAGGAAUCUGACAUAGAAAAUAAAACUACUACUGAACUAGAGGAUCUGCCAAGUUCCUGUAGUGAAAAUUUGGAAGCAGAACUCAUAAAUCAGGAAACCAAUGCAUGUGAAAAUAAAAGCUUUGAAGAACAGGAAGAUGCAACUUCCUCAGGCAAAAUGAAGUCUAUGGAUCCUGCUGUUGCUCUGGUUUCACCUACAGGGAUGGAUGAUCAACUGGAAGCAUCAGAUAUUCAUAGCAUCAGUAAGAUGUCAGUUGCCACUAAACCGUCUACCACACUGAAUGAAAUUAAUCCCAUGACAACCUUAGACAAUCAGUCAGACAAAAGAGUAGAAAUCAAUGAAAUAUUCAGAAAGAAACAUUCAUUGCAAGCCUCCCUAGAAGAAGAAAACGAAGAUUUCCUCUAUGGUGCAAGAAGUCAAUAUGUCACUAAUAUUCUACAAGAACCUGAAAAUUUGCAGGAGAAUAAUAGCCCACUCACAGAACAAUCACCAGUUGCAUGUACUUCUCCAUUUGAUGUAUCAUUUGGUGAUGAUUACACUCUUCAAAAAGGUGGCAUGAACAUUUCAGAAUGUGGCACUAUUGAGAUCAAAGGUGAGGUUGCAGAAUAUUCUCAAGCAGAUCAAGGUUGGGAAUCACUGUUAGUAGAGUCUGAUGGGACUCCUGGAUCUUCAUGCACUUUGAAAAAAUUUGAAUAUGAAACAGAUUCAAGUAAUAUUGAAUCACCCACUGGUGUCAAUGAAAUUACAUCAGAAUCUAUAGCUACUGAUGUCAACAAUGAGGUUGCAGAAUGUACUCAAGAGGGUCAAGCAUGGGGAUCAUUUCUGUUAGAAUCCAGAGAGACUCCUGAAUCAUCAUAUGCUUCAAAAGAAUUCAAAUAUGAAACAGAUUCAAGUAAUAUUGAUUUAUCAGAUGCUGGAAGUGCAAGGAAUAUUUCAGAAUCCAAGCCUAGUGAUUCCAAUGGUAAGACUGGGGAAUGUUCUCAAGAAGAUCAAGAUUGGGGAUCUUUAUUGUUAGAACCUGAAGUGACUCCUAAGUUGACUGACUUUUUGAAAGAAUUUGAGUAUGAAGCAGAAUCAAUUAAUAUUGAUUCACCAGCAGAUGGAGUCAUAAGCAUAGCCAAUGAAUCUAUCUGUUAUACACAUCAUAAUGCGAGUGAAGGGUGCAAGUCCACAGAUAAGUCAGAGAUGAUAAGACCAGAAAGAAAGGAAACAACAACUUUGAAAGAAGCUGAAGAUCAAUCUUCACUAGAGAUGGAUUAUGUCCUCAUUACUGGUGAAGAAACUGUAUCUUUGAGGAAGGAUAUCUUGGGAACACAAGAAAGUAAUUUCACUUCACAGGAAGCUCCAGCAGUAGAACAAACAAAUUCUCUUGAAACCUUUUCAGCAGAGACCUCGGAUACAUUUCAGUCACUCUCCAUAAUAAAUGAAAGUGAAGGGCACUCUGCUCUGGAGGCUGAAUGGGAAUCCUUCUAUUUGGCAGAGAAAAGUUCUGCUGUUGUGCCUCAAAAACUGGGAGAUGAAAAGAAAUCACCCAGAAGCCCUGCGCAAGAUCAGGAAUGGACUAUGGUGGGCCAAAACGGAGUGAAUGAUAUAUCACCUGAAGAAAACUGUAGCAUAGACACAAUAGAGUCACAAUCGAGAUACCCUGUUAAAGAAUUAGAAGGUGUUUUAAGCCAGGAAUUGAUCUGUGAGACACAAGAUGAAACUCUGCAAGAAAGAAACCCUCACAAAUCAGAGCAACAAGAGGAUGGGAAAUCACAUAAUAGAGGGACAGAUGCUCUUUUAUUGCAAGUUGUUGCUGGUGAUGGUGAAUUGGAUGUCCUUUCACAACAACAUUCUGUCAAUGGGAUGGUAACAGAACAAGAAGCAGAAGAGGAGACUCAGUUUGUUGGCAGUGAAAGAGAACUCAGUCCUGUAACAGGAUUAAUAUCGGAGGAUGUUGGAAUGGAUAUCCCUUCUAAUGAGACUAUGCUAGACUCCAGUGCUACAGAGAUGAGACCUGAACCUCCCAAUUCUCUAGAUUUCAAUGGUUCCAACCCCAGAAGGAUAAAACUCACAGCUCCGAAUAUCAAUCUCUCUUUGGACCAAAGUGAAGGAUCUGUCCUUUCUGAUGAUAACCAAGACACUCCAGAUGAAAUUGACAUCAAUGUAGAUGACCUGGACACACCAGAUGAAGCAGAUUCUUUUGAAUAUGCUGGGCAUGGAAAUGAAUUAAACUGGGAAGAAGAGCAGCCGGCCAUUAAGGAAGCUUCCCAAGAGGAAUCUGAAGCAAUCCCAGAAUAUACUGCUGAGGAAGAGCGAGAAGACAACCGGUUAUGGAGAACAGUUGUCAUAGGAGAACAUGAGCAGAGGAUCGACAUGAAAGCCAUUGAGCCUUAUAAAAGGGUCAUUUCUCAUGGAGGAUACUAUGGGGAUGGUGUAAAUGCCAUCAUUGUGUUUGCUGCAUGUAUUCUGCCAGACAGCAGUCGAACUGAUUACAACUAUGUCAUGGAAAACCUUUUCCUAUAUGUAAUAAGUACCUUGGAGCUCAUGGUUGCUGAAGACUAUAUGAUUGUUUACUUGAACGGAGCCACACCAAGGAGAAAGAUGCCAGGACUGGGAUGGAUGAAAAGAUGUUACCAGAUGAUUGACAGGCGGUUAAGGAAGAACUUGAAAUCCUUCAUCAUUGUUCACCCCUCUUGGUUUAUCAGAACAAUUUUAGCAGUGAUACGGCCUUUUAUAAGCUCAAAAUUCAGCAGUAAGAUAAAAUACGUGAGCACUUUGGCAGAGCUCAGUGAACUAAUUCCAAUGGAAUAUGUAAAUAUCCCUGAAAGUAUUGUCAAGUAUGAAGAAGACAGGUCCUUUCAGAGAAGAGUAAGACUGGAUGAAGAGCUGAGGGAAGCAUCAGCAAAAGCAAGCUGUCUUUCAAAUGAGCCAGAAAUAACUUCAGUCCAGCAGGAGAUUGACAUGACAUUGAAAGGAAAUCCCUAACUUCCUUGGCAAAGUGGACAAGAGAAUGUUCGUUAGUUUGGUGUGCCUGAGCCUCGAGGAUGGGGACAAUUUGGGUUUCUCAUUUGAGCACAAUCCUCCAGGAUUACCCCUGUGCACCAGCCUCAUUUCUUUCCAUGAGGCCUGUUGGUGCAAGAAUAGUUCCUGGUAGAUUGCAACCUUUGUUCUCUGAUCACUCAGUGCCAUUCAGAGUUUUCUGAAGUAAAAUAAAAAAAUAAUAUGUAGGGCUGCUAUUGCCAAAUAGGCAGCAACGUGCAGAUUUGUGCAUUACCUUCAGAAGUGUUCCCUGCAAUAUGCAUUUCCCCCCAGUUCUGAUUUUUGCCAUCAGUGUGCCUCAUCCGUGAUUCUGUACGUUUGAUUUACUGUUCCAUUUUGGCUUCAGCGUAUUAACAUAUCUGUGCCAAGUUACAUUAGUAAUGUUAAUUUCCCUUUAACAAUGCCCCAGUCCAGUGGCUCCAGUGCAUUGGGCUCAAUGGGCUCACUUAGGCACGCAGAAUUUUGUGCAAGGAGAGACUCAGAUUGCUCCCUUCCUUGCUUUAUGAAAGUACAAACACACAUUGCUUCUUAGAAGAAUUUGGGGAGCUUGAGCUCACAUGGAGUGUUACAUGUGCUUCAGAGACUUCACUGAUCUUGGUUUGCCACCAUUAGCUAUAAUUCCACUCCUUUGUUCCUAAAAAAUUCUUAGUAUUUUUCUUUCUUCCACUACAUCUCAAAAGCAGGCACUACGCGGGACUAUUCUUGAUCACAACAGUGCCAUGAAUAAC